AUGACUAAGCCCAAACAGUCGGGCCAGUGCCCCAUCUGCCUGAAAGUGCUACAGCAUGUUAGUAAACAUAUCCGCGAGGUGCAUCUGAUUCGAAACCCGACCGAGCGGAGGAUACUGAACGCCAUAGCGAGUGGGAGGGUUGACGUUCAAAAGGGAACAUGCCCCGUCCCAGGGUGUGGGCUCUUUAGAAGACGACUCUCCCGCCACAUUGAGGCCCACCCUGAUCUGCUCCCCGGCAGAAGGGAGGCAUAUCAGCAGGUAGCCCGCAGAGACGCCGGGUUGAAGCAGCUGUCGGAGCUGCGGGCUACUGACCCACAACCUCCCAUGGCCUCGGUCUUGGACGUCGACGACAGCCUUGCCUCUGAGUGCCGGCACCCCUCCUGCAUUCAGAGGGAGCACAGGAUCCGGGAGUUGGAGGCGCAGCUGUUAUUUGGGAGGCCGCGCCCCGGGGAGGUCCACCCCCGCACCAGGCCUCAGGAACCGGACCACAGGAAGGGCACCUCCACACAAAAAAGAAAGCGCCACGGGGAGGGCACCUCCAGUGAAACAGCUAAGGACCACAGGGAGGGCACCUCCGAAAAAAAAAGAAAGCGCCACGGGGAGGGCACCUCCAGUGAAGCAGCAAAGGACCACAGGGAGGGCACCUCCACUAAAAAACGAAAGCACCACAGGGAGGGCACCUCCCCUAAAAAAGCUAAGGACCACAGGGAGGGCACCUCCACUAAAAAACCAAAGCACCACAGGGAGGGCACCUCCACUAAAAAACCAAAGCACCACAGGGAGGGCACCUCCACUAAAAAACCAAAGCGCCACAGUGUGGAUGAGGACAGGCUGCGGAAGAGGAUGAGGAGGAUACACGUUCUGGAGAGCACUGACGAGGAGCCAGCGGUCGCCCUCGACCUAACGGUCGCCCUCCACCCAGAGGAGCCAGCGGUCGCCCUCGCCCUCCAGGAGUCCAGCAGUGGGGCCGAUGACAUCAUCGACCCGGAUGUCGUCCCCAGUGAGCCAGCAGUCAGCCCAGACCCAGAGGAGCCAGCGGUCGCCCUCGCCCUCCAGGAGUCCAGCAGUGGGGCCGAUGACAUCAUCGACCCGGAUGUCGUCCCCAGUGAGCCAGCAGUCAGCCCCGACCCAGAGGAGCCAGCGGUCGCCCUCGCCCUCCAGGAGUCCAGCAGUGGGGCCGAUGACAUCAUCGACCCGGAUGUCGUCCCCAGUGAGCCAGCAGUCAGCCCAGACCCAGAGGAGCCAGCGGUCGCCCUCGCCCUCCAGGAGUCCAGCAGUGGGGCCGAUGACAUCAUCGACCCGGAUGUCGUCCCCAGUGAGCCAGCAGUCAGCCCAGACCCAGAGGAGCCAGCGGUCGCCCUCGACCUCCAGGAGUCCAGCAGUGGGGCCGAUGACAUCGACCCGGAUGUCGUCCCCAGUGAGCCAGCAGUCAGCCCAGACCCAGAUGAGCCAGCGGUCGCCCAGGACGAUGUCCAAGAGUCAGGGCAGUCUGGGGUCUCUGAGCCUAACCACCAACUGUCAAGUGGGGACCAUGACACCAUCGACCCAGAUAUCGUCCCCAGUGAGCCAGCGGUCCCCCUCGACCCAGAGGAGCCAGCGGUCGUCCUCAACCCAGAGGUGCCAGCGGUCGCCCUCGACCCAGAGGAGCCAGCGGUCGCCCUCGACCCAGAGGAGCCAGCGGUCGCCCUCGACCCAGAGGAGCCAGCGGUCGCCCAGGACGAAGAUGUCAAAGAGUCAGAGGAGUCUGGGGUCUCUGAGCCUAACCUCCAGGAGUCCAGUGGGGACGAUGACGAUGAGUUCCCCUUGACCGCUGGGGAAGCAGCGGAGGAGGAGGAAACGAGGCUGGCUGUCGCUGACAACGUGAGAGAAAUUGCAGCUGCCGACAGGGAUACAAUGCUAGGGAAGUCCAGGGGGGCUGGAGUGCUGGUGCACCAAGCACUCCAAAAAAUUUUCCAGGGCAGGUGUAAGGGGAGCACUGGAGACUUCAAGUUCCCCAAGGCAAUUGCGGACUACAUGGAGCAAUACGGGGAACACAUCUUCCGGCCCCAGGGGACACGAAAAGUCCAGGAGAACUGUAUCUCACGGACUGUUCGAGCAAAAUCCUUCGUGGCCUAUAUGAUGUUCGGGUCUCCAAAACCCCAUUGGGACUGGGGCUUCAUGUCCAACAUUGAACAUCUAAGAGCCUACCCAGCAGUCCUGAGGGCCUUAAAAAAGAAGCCCAACACGGCCCAGACCUACUUCAUGCAGGUCAGGGCCUUUGUUGAGUAUUUCAACAACAAGGUUCCAAAGGGCUGUCGGCUCACUGGGGACCAGCGCACGGAGGUUUUCUGGGAGCUCCAGAAGGUGGCCAAGGACACGGGCAGGUCCAUUGCGGCGCACCAGCUGGCCGUGAAAGGCCAGAAGCAGGAGCGCCUGCUAUCCAGAGAGGCCCUGGUCAGGUGCACGCGGCUGGCCAGGGAAAGGAUCCCCUCGCUCCUGGUAUAG